AUGUCGACACGGUGGAUGAAAGUACCGAUAAUCCUUCUGAUGGGGGUGAUAACCAAUAAGCACAUAGAUCGAAUUUUGUACGUUGGUGUUUGUGCAAGUGCACAAAAGCAACGCACCCAAAAACACGAGGACAAUAGCAGGAACACGAUUAAGAAGAUAGACUGCAAAGGUGAUUGCCUCCUCCCAGAACUGUGGGGUCAUGUGGGUGCAAUCAUCCACAAAAAUAACAAAUCAACGGAAACGAGAAGUAGUAGUAACUGGAGCAGUGCCCCAAACAUCAGAACGUACUAA